AUGACAGCGGCUGUGCCUUCAAGCAUGAUGGUUCACGUGAAAACCUCCACCACAACUAUCGCGAUCACGCGCGUUGCGAGCAACACCCACUUCUGCUGA